AUGGUGUGGGUGCACAACAAGCAGUGGUCUGAUGUGGAGCUCGGUAGCCGGAGCGGUGGUUCUGAUGGCGGCCAUCCUCGGCGUGUAGCGAGGUUGGCCGUGUGGACCGUGGGGUACACCCACUGUACAAGACAGUCCGAUGUGCGCCGGGCCAUGGACCCGGGGCCCUCGUCCGCGAGCGCUGACCCGUCCCCGCCGGAGGAGGAGGAGGAGGAGGAGGACAGCAGCAGCAGGUGGGUGGUCGUGCCGGGGAGCGAGGUGCUGGGCGCCGACGCGCCAAAGGUCGUCGGCUGGGAGGAGCUGCAGCAGGAGGUCGCGCGCCUCUGGAGCCUCUCCCCCGCGCUCGCCGCCGCCAGGGACCGCAAGGCUGCCCUCGCCGCGCGCCUCGAGUCCGCGCUCGAGGCAAGAAAGACAUUUCUCCAGCAGGAUAAUGAGUUGGCUGAAAUGAGGCAGAGGGUGCAGUCACGUGCUGAUUUUUUGGGGGAGUUGAGAAUGCAAACAAAGGAAUUGUCUGCCAAUGUUGAGGAUCGGAGGGAACAACUUUGUGUCAAGAUCAGAACGCUGACAGUAGCAGACAAAACUGCCGGCGCAGCACAAAGUAAAUUGCAGGAACCUGGUGCAUUGUUGUCAGGGGAUUGUGGCCAUGGUCGUCUUAAAAGUCUGGAACGAAUGUUGCGGAUGAGACAGCAAUACAUGAUAGGACAAGUUGCUCAGAUAUAUCCUGUGCGGCACUUGAAGGAGCACUCUCCCAUAGUCAAGCCUGGAUUGAACUCCAGCGUUGUUAGACCAGGAGAUGCUGAUGCAAUUUCGCCUAAUGGCUCCCAAAACGGACAAACAGCUUUGGCCAUUUUGGGUCUACAGUUAUCAAAGCUUUCUAUAAAAAAGACCAGCUACUUCAGUGACAAGACAGAGAUUCAGAAAUCUGCUACUCUUCUCGGAUAUGUUGCACAUGCAGUCUCCCUUAUUGCAUCGUAUCUUGAUGUUCCUCUUCGAUAUCCACUACGGUUGGGAGGUUCACAUUCGUAUAUUGUUGAUCAUGCCCCUUCGGUUGACCCAUCUAUAGCCCCGGGAGUAAGUUCUUCUACCCCUUCGAGCACGAGCAUGAGCAUGAGGGCAACGGAAUUCCCUCUGUUUUUUGAAGGCCAAGAAACAACAAGAUCAUCAUAUGCUAUAUUCUUGUUAAACAAGGAUAUUGAACAACUUCUGAACCACAUUGGUGUUGAAAGUCUUGGCCCAAGACAUGUAUUAGCUAACCUCAAGCAGCUAACAACAAUCGUCCAGUCACAACAAUACAUUUCUGGUUGAUUUAACCCAAAGGAACAAUUUUGAAUUUCUGAGGGAUAUUGCUUAUAGCAGAGUCCUAAUGUAAUAUGGUGUUGUUUUUUAGCAAGCACCAUUCUUUUCACAAGACACACAUGAGUUCAGGUCUAUGUUUGCUGAUAUGUUCA